GUGACAGCGUUUUCCUUUCUUUCCUCGUACUAUCCACCCCGACAACUUCCAAGGACGAUUGACGACCUUUCGCACUCGCCAUGCCUCCCAAGUUCGACCCCAAUGAGGUGAAGAUCAUCCACCUGAGAGUGACUGGUGGUGAGGUCGGUGCCCAGUCCGCUCUGGCCCCCAAGAUUGGUCCUCUCGGUCUGUCCCCCAAGAAGAUCGGUGAAGAUAUUGCCAAGAACACUGGUGACUGGAAAGGUCUCCGUGUGACUGUUCGUCUCACCAUCCAGAACCGUCAGGCCGCCGUCUCCGUUGUGCCCUCCGCCUCUUCCCUGGUCAUCAAGGCCCUCAAGGAGCCUCCCCGUGACCGCAAGAAGGAGAAGAACAUCAAGCACAACAAGUCCGUUGCUUUCGACGAGAUCGUUGAGAUCGCUCGCCAGAUGCGCCACCGCUCUCUCGCCAAGGAGCUCAAGGGUACCGUCCUUGAGAUCCUCGGUACCGCUUUCUCCGUCGGUUGCCAGGUCGAUGGCCGCAGCCCCAAGGACGUCUCCGACGACAUCAAGGCCGGCGAGAUUGAUGUCCCCUCCGAGUAAAUGGUGAUCAGGAUACCCGGCGGUCGUGAAUAAAUACCGACAUGCUAGUUACCAAAAUAUCAUCAUUGUUCUCUCGAACCAACCCUGUUACGAGUCAUGACUUUUAGGAUUCCCACUUGUGUUCAUUGAAAUGAUAAGUGUUUUCACUCAACUCUCCUUGUUGAGAUUGCCCUCCUCCCUUCCGUCUCACAUGGUCUACUUGCUGCCCUAUGCAAGCUGGAUGGUGUCGAGUUCCCAACUCAGAUGACCUUUGCAACACUCUGGCCCUUACCGUCGUUUCCCGCCUUCGGGCCUGGAUUCGAAUAUCAUACCACGUGGUAUAGGCUUAUUUUAAGCAAAGAAGAGCAAACCGACCCGCUACUCACCGCGGUAUUCUUGGAGGGGAGCUUCGUGCUUCUUUCUGUGGAUACCAUGGUCCAUUUAACGGUCAACAUCAUAAAUUCAAACCAGACACGAUAGUCUGCCGUCGUAGAAAUCCAUAUCAAUCCAAUGAAAA